CAGGCAGCCUUGGUAAUAUGUCUGCUUCAUUUAUUCAGCCGACGAGCCGCAACAUGGGAAUGAUGCAAAAGCGCUUUGGACUUCAAUCAACACAGGCGCGCCUGCUAGUCGUCCCAACAAGAAAGCGACUCGCUGUCGCCAGCGCUGCCGCGGACGACGCCCCGAGCGAUGAUUAUCACCUGACCGCAGACACCAUUAUUUGGAAUGCAAAACACAGUGCUAUUUUGAGGCAGCGCAUUGCACAGGUACGCGCCGCCGAGGUUGUUGCUGAGUCCUCUUCAACUCGACCAGAGCUGCCGCCAGUGAACGAGAUCACAAGCAAAGACGUCGAGCAAGAUCACAGUCGCCUCUGCCAAUGGCACGAGGACCAAUGGCAGCGCCUGGCUUCUUCGCAGCCAGGUCUCUGGGAUGAUGAGCUGGGCCAUUUUGGCGUGCCAUCCUAAAGAUAUAGGCUGCUUGUACAUUAUGGUCUUAUGAUGGCUUCCUGACCAUCUAAUUAUAGCGGUUUCCGGUUUCCGGUCGCCAUGUGUCCCACAGACGUCAGUAGCCUAUAUACUCUCACAGAAAUGGGUUUUGUCGUUUGCUGUUCUGUGUGAAUUCUGUGUGAAUUCACAGGUUGACGCUUGGUGAUGGUCUCUUUGUUAUUGAUUGAGGGUGGUGACUACUGCAGAGGUCGCGUGGCCCGAGAGACGGUAGUGCAGUGCUUGUGAACGCUGAGUAUGCAUAACUGGGAGACAGUUUUGACAGUUGGUUGCAAACCCAUAGAAUGUCGCUUGAAAAGGCGGCAGGGAGCAACUGAACAACGAAAACAACCUCCCAAAGUGGUUGUUUCUGCUCUAAGCCGUAUUUGUAGAGAGAAGAUCAGGGAAACCUACAUAGCGAGAGAGAGGCUGGCUGCUGCAUAUGAAGUAGCAUUGAGAACCUGGCUUUUUGAGAAUGUUCGUUUGAUGAGUAGCAAAACGUGAAGGAUGUGCAGCAAAACUGCUUCCCCACAUUUUGGGGAUUCGCGCUUUCAGCUCGUUUCCUCCCUUGAGGAAGCAACGAUGUCUUCAUUGCUUUGCCUUUGUAUGUUUAGUGUGCCGAAGCAUUAUUUGCCAGAAUGGCUUUUUAAAGUCCUUCGGGGAAUCGUGUCUUCCGGUUAUCUAUCAGUAUGUGAAUAUGUAUAUCCGUGCCGGGCUGGGCCUAAAUCGAUGGCGGCAGUUCACAUGUAAAGUUUGGGUGGUGGCUUGCUUUUUUAAGUCUCUGCCGCCUGAGUGCCCCGUCCUUGGACUCUCAGGUCUUGGGCUGCAAGGGGGUAAUCGCUGGCCUGCGUCGUUGCGAGUUUCAUUUAUGGUAUGAUAAGGAUUAAUGGUAUGUACAGUACCUGGUACUGGUGUCGUACACCUUUGGCAGCUGUUGAGAAGGGUAUGAAGAGACCAUGUCGACCUGAGAGUGAUGUUAGGGCUCAAACCUUUAUUAAGUUGUGCUUUGGGUUGGGCGGAGUUCGUGCUGCUGCUGCUGUCUGUCUGUGGAUGUUUCCGCCGCUUCCCGCUAGGGCUAGUGCAGCGAACGAGCCGUGUACUAAUGUAUCCUUUGCUCUGGUUGAAUCUUUGCUCUGGG